AUGGCCUCAGUCCCGGCCAUGCAGUCCAUGCCAUUGCUCUUCCGGCAAUCACUCAGAACCAGUAUCCACAUAUCCCGUAUCACAGCUCGACCAGCGCGGCUCAAUUACCGCCCGACACCUCCGGGCCCUGCUCCCGCUAGACCGACAGUACGGACCUUCUCAGCCUGUUUACAAUGUCAAUUUCGCCAACGUUCUAGCACCUACGAUGCGUUUAAUGAGAAGAACAAGGAACAGAGCAGCUUAGACUCCGAGGGCGUGGCUAAGGCCACCAAGGACGCAGAUGCAUCCGAGGCUGCUUUUCCGUCGGAGGCGGGUGCGGGGAGCUCUCGUGCAGCAAACUUGUCUGCAGCGGAGCUUGAUCGGCUGGUGGAAGAGUCCACGAUAAAGGGGACCGAGCGCGGACUUCUAGAUCACCUUGCAGAGGAGCAGAAGAGGGAGAGGGACGAACAGUCCGGACAAGAGCAAAAGCCAAACCCAGACGCAAAGAGCGGAGGUCUCCCCUCCUACCUUGAAAGCCGGCGGUCGAAGCUAUCAAAGCAGUUUACGGGAAUGAUGGACAAUCUCCAGUCCAAUGUUUUUGUAGCUGGACAGCGACUGAAUGAUCUUACCGGCUACUCGGGUAUCGAGGCACUUAAGAAGGAGAUCCACAACCAAGAAAACCGCCUUCGCGCAGCUCGCGCACAUGUUCGGGAAGCUAAAGACGCCUACACCGCUGCUAUCAAUAACCGCUCCACCUCGCAGCGCGAAGUGAACGAGCUCCUCCAGCGCAAGCAUGCCUGGUCUCCUACCGAUCUGGAGCGCUUCACCCUUCUCUACCGCAAUGAUCAUACCAACGAAGUGGCCGAGACAGAGACGCAGGAGGCACUAUCGCAUGCUGAACGUGAAGCCGAAGAAGCAGCUGCCCAGCUGAGCAGGAGCAUUCUUUCCCGUUAUCACGAGGAACAGGUAUGGUCAGACAAGAUCCGUCGCAUGUCCACAUGGGGAACAUGGGGAUUGAUGGGUAUGAAUGUUCUACUAUUCCUGAUCUUCCAGAUCCUCGUGGAGCCUUGGCGCCGGCGCCGGCUGGUGAAGGGUUUCGAGGAUAAGGUCGUCGAGGCUUUGGAGAAGGAGAAGGCUAUCAACCAAGCUGCUCUUGUUGGAGGUCCUAUUGCGGCUUCGGAGCUGGAGAAGGUUAUUGAUUCUCCGGUUGAAGACUCUGUUGUGGCUGCCGUUGCUGCUACGGCCGAUUCGCCUAUCAGCGAGGGUGCCGAGGCUGUUGCUGUUGAGACUCAGGCUCAGAAUGAGGCUUUGGUGGAGGCUAUUUCACCCUCUGAUGACGCUUCUCAAUCCCUUUACUCCCGCCUUGUUGGAAACUCCCAUUCCCCUCUCUCUCUUGAAUAUUGGAAGCAGACUCUGAAUGAGCUCCUCAGUGAUCGCAGCGUUGCUAUUACCCAGCGCGACCUUACUGUGGCUGCCGUGCAGAGCGCCGCAGCUGGUGCGGUCGUGAUGAGUCUUCUUUUUGCUUUGGUCAGACCUCGGUAA